CCAGACCGGGGAGAGGAGGGGGGACCCGAGCACAAGCAGACUCAGGGAACAAAGAGCUGGAUCUGGGGAGCAGCGCUGGGACCGUGACACCGGGGGCCGCCCGGAGCAGCGCCGGUAGCCGGGCUCUGGAUGAGGAUGCGCGGGGCACACCCCCGGGGACGCUGCGGGGAAUAGUCCGGAGAACGGGGGAGAAUGGACGGGAGGCGGCGAGCCUGAGCGGAGAGCGGUCCCCCCGGUACAUCCCCGGCCCGGCUCUCGGCUCCUGACAUGGCGGCCGCCAUCAGCUACAGCCCGCCCUGGUGGGUGACCCUGCUGCACCGGCUGCCGCACCUCAGCCUCAAAUGGGAGCUCAUCAGCGGGGACUUCAAGCCGGAGGACGGCGAGUACCAGCAGUCUCUGAUGCUCCUGAGCUGUGUGGCCCUCGCCUGCCUCGCCCUCGACCUUCUCUUCCUGCUCUUCUACUCCUUUUGGUUCUGCUGCCGCCAUCGUAAGACGGAAGAAAACACGAAUGCGGAUUGCUGCUGUACCGCGUGGUGUGUCAUCAUCGCGACCCUCGUGUGCAGUGCCGGCAUCGCUGUUGGUUUCUAUGGCAAUGGCGAGACCAGCGACGGCAUUCACAGAGUGACAUAUUCGCUGAGACAUGUCAACCGCACCGUGGCAGGAAUCCAGGAUCGGGUGUCGGAAACCACCAUAGCGCUAAACCAAACUGUGGAACCAAAUCUACUAGAACUGGAAGCCAUGUUUACAAAGCAGACUGAUUACCUGCACAUUGUGCAGAAGCUUCAGGGUCUCCUAUACACACUAGUGCAACAAACCUCCGACAUCCCCUUCUGGAAAAACCAAGACCUGUCAAUGGACGACCUGGCCGAACAGGUGGAUCUGUAUGACUGGUACAGGUGGUUGGGGUACCUGGGCCUGCUCCUUUUCCACGUCUUCAUAUGCUUGUUGGUGCUAUUCGGCCUUAUACGGAACUCAAAGGCCAUCCUGGCCGGUGUGUGCUUCCUCGGGGUCCUGGCACUGAUCGUUAGUUGGGCAUCCAUGGGCCUGGAGCUGGCGGUGGCUGUGGGCUCCAGUGACUUUUGUGUGGAACCGGACAAAUUUGUCUCCAAGGUGGUGCAAGAGAAAUCUGUCCUGAAUGCAGAAAUUUUAAACUACUAUCUGUUCUGCAACCCAGCAUCUGCUAACCCUUUUCAGCAGAUGUUGUCGAGCGGCCACAAAGCCCUGGUGGAGAUGCAGGACGACGUUCUGGAUCUCUUGCGGUCCGCAGUUAAAGAUUACCCCAGGUCCAUGGAUAAACUGACCAACAUACAAGGAGUCCUUAACGCCACGGAGAUCAACCUGCAGCAUCUGACGGCUCUGGUGGAUUGCCGCGGAUUACAUUUGGAUUAUGUGCAGGCUCUCACCGGUUUCUGCUACGAUGGCGUAGAGGGGCUCAUCUACCUGGUACUUUUCUCCUUUGUCACUGCCCUGAUGUUCAGCUCUAUAGUUUGCAGUGUGCCCCAUACCUGGCAGCAGAGGAGGGGCAGUUAUGAAGAUGGGGACGAGGAGGCCACAACACCAGGGACACGACAGACUCAUGACAACCUCUACAGGGUGCACAUGCCAAGUUUGUACAGCUGUGGGAGCAGCUACGGCAGCGAGACGAGUAUCCCAGCGGCCGCACAUACCGUGAGCAACGCUCCUGUGACAGAGUACAUGAGUCAGAAUGCCAACUUCCAAAAUCCCCGCUGUGAAAACACUCCUCUGAUUGGCCGUGAGUCACCUCCUCCUUCAUACACGUCAAGCAUGAGAGCAAAGUAUCUGGCUACUAACCGCCCAGAAUCGGAAGCUCGUUAAACAAGCGGGUGAUCCAGACGUCUACAGACAGAUGUCCUCCUGCCAUAGCCCCCCGAAAUCCCACUGUGUGGUUCAAUGUGUCUACAAAAAAAAAAAUGUUGGCAUCCCUAGACACCCCUCCCUGUACUUCUUGCCUCCUGUCCACGGGAAGAACAAAGGAGACCGUUGCAUGGAAUGACAAGUUUCUUGGGAUGUCCCUCCGUAAUGGCUGACCUCAAUGAGGAGCUCAUCUCAUGUCUUCAGUCCGGGGAUCAUAACCUCAUAACCAUUUCUGUCGAGAGCUUGCUCCUUCCUGGGGUCUUUUAUUUCUCAAUGUUUUCUCUUCAUUUUGCCUUUCAAAAGGAAUUUUUAUUUUUAUUUUUCUUAACCCAUGAGGUGCAGUUUUAUUAUUUAACAUGGUAUGUCGCGUUUUAUUUUGUAUUCUUUUUACAUCGUCUGCGUACACCAUUCUUUUUAAUGACCCCCAUGCGUACUUUGCCAGUGUUUUUUUUUGUUUUUUUUUUCAGUAUUAUUUGUAACCUUUUGGAAACCACUUUAUAUUAAAUUUAUACUAAAAAUGCACUAAACCAUUCGCCGGGUCGGCAGCAAUUUUAUGACACCACUGACCAGAGUUUCUGUGCACAUUCCAUAUUGUAAAUUGCAUGUCGUGUUGGUCUCGUCAUGAGGCGCUUUACUGCAUUUUGUCCCUCCGUCUGCGGUUCAAUGCGCUGUGAUAUAGUCUGCUUUGGUUUAAAUGACUGGAAAUUUGCCAACCUAAACCACAACGCCAUUGACUUAUUGCUUACGCAUCAUCCGGUUCGUAUCUCAUACCUGUACCCAAGCUGCUUCUCUUCUCAAGCUCCCCUUAGUGCUUUCUGUAGGGUGUUUAGGUUGAAUAGAAACCUCUGAGUGACCCACCCUUUCCUUCCGUGAAGUUGUCUCACAUGCCAUACAAGAGAUCCCUCUCCGUCCUUCACAGACUUGUUGUAGGAUCUCCUUACACAGGCUACAAGCAUGGAAACUGUAAAGAUUAGGACCAGUCGAGGAUAAAACUAUACAGAAUUUGGGAGGGUGCAGUAGUACAGAUUUUUGGUUGGCAGCAAAUAUUUUGAUGAGAUGUGAGCGCCGUAUACCUCCACUAAUGCUGUUGUGAAGAGGUAACCACUAGACUUUUAUAGGGCCACCUACCCAGUCUUGCCUUUUACCCCCUUUUUUUGCCAAUUGUGUUUAACAGAGCAGCUAAAACCUACCCAAGACCACUAUGUCCUCGAAGAGAAACUUCAUUUUUAUCUGUUGAUUGUGGUUAAUCUACUUGGCACUGCUAUACUUGUGAUUUACUACUAAUGGAUAGACAGUAGAUGCAAUCCAUAAACAUCAUGGAAAAUGACCGGGACCUGAUGGAAGACGGGGGGGAUGUCUAUACACAAUACAAUAGACACAUUUACUCCUUUCCCUAUAGCCUACAUUGUAUAAAUUGUUGGUAUGUCCUAUCUUUCCCCUCCCUACCCCAGUCACUCCCAAAACGGGUGUACUUAUAAAUGCCAUAUUGGAGUCCUACUUUAUUUUACCAGCUCGGAUUUAUUGUUUUUUGUCCAUUGAUUCUACUUUUACAAAUACAUUUGCGUUAUUUAUUUACUUUCCCGAUCUUACGGACAUGAGAUUCGAUUCAGGGGGGACAUAUUGUGACAGCCAGAUCUCAAGAAAAAAAAUAUAUAUAUCACCGCCUACCAUCAAGAUGUCUACAACUGGAGAAUUCCAACUUCUAUCACUGGUGCUAAAGCUAUUGAGCUUGAUCAUCCAUUGUGUCUAUCGGCUUGCCGGAAAGCUUUGCGGAAUAGUACUGGGAUUGUUGUGGUUGUUGUACAGAGAUCUCCUCAACCUUGUAACAGGAUGUGAUAUGUACAUCGUCAACGUACCGCACCUCACUUAUACCAUGGACUUGUGCCAUUUGUUUUUGGAGAAAACUCUGAGGACUCCUUUGCAUACUAUAAAUAUAAUAUCCACCAAUCUCAAGAAAUGAUGAUUUUUAUGUUUUUAGUUGUUUUUUUUGUCAAGUCUUAAUGGCUUGGGCCGCAGGAUAUAAAACGGAGCCAAGUCGGUCCAAAUAAGGCCCUUCUGGACUAAUCUUUCCACUUAAUCGACAUCAUUUAGGAAGCACAAUGCUAUUGUUAUGCACCUGGGUUUUUCGCUUCAUUGUUCUUUUUUAAUUCAUAUCCUUGACUAAAACAGCCGAAAUGGAAAAAAAAAUAACGAGGCUGUUCGAGAACAGACAUCUUUAAAAUGUGAAAUGUAAAUAGCAUGUUUGACUCUGUGUCCCCUGUAAAAGAUUGCCUUGUUAUUGUAAAAGGAAACCAACUCAAGACCUCUUGAGAUUAUUACUGUAGUGUUUGUGUCCUCUUUGUGAUAUUAAUAGGUUCAAUUUGCUUGCCGGUCUUAAGAAAUCUGGGUUUUAGACUGUGGACACCUUCAAAGCAAUUUUUUUUAUUAAUGAUUGCAUUUUACUCAUUUUGGGCUAAAAUCAGUUCAGUUCAGCCGUUUCUGAGCUGCAGGGUUAAAAAUCAGUAUGUUUGCAGGCUCAUGUGUAUCUUCUAUCUCUGAACUCCUGAUAUCAUAAGCAAUUAUGAUGGCUCAAUUCUUAUCAAACCGAUAAGAAUAUGGCUUCAAUAAGUGUUUAGAAGGUCAGGAGAUCAGAGAUAAGAACUACACAUGAGCUAGAAAACAGAAACUGACAGCCUGCAGUAGCUCAGAAAACGGCUGAACAUUUUUAAUAAAGACCAAUUGAAAAAAAGUGUUUGUUUUUUUUUGGUUUGUUUUAGGCUAAAAUGCGUAAAAUCCAAUCAUAAAAAAAAUAUGCCCCUGCAGGUCUACAUGGUCUUUUCAAAGCCAUUUUGGAUCUCGUUAGAUACUUAAAGGGGUUGUCCAGCAUUUUACAAGUGACGACCUAUCUUCAGCACCCCAGCCCACCAGCUAUUCUGUAGUGGUUCCAUUCACUUCAGUGGAAACAGCGCUGCAAUAACAGUCCACUACACAAUGGACAGAGCUGUGUAGUUUCGUCACCAAAACUAAACAACCGGUCAGAGGGGAGUACAGGAUAUCCGACCCCUGCCAAUCGGAUAGUGAUGACUGUAGAAUACUGGACAACCUCUUUGAGAAGAGAUCUGAAUUUGCGUUGACCUCAUCAUUAGUGAUUAGAGAUCUGUGCUCCUUUUGUUUCUGACUGGUUCUCUGAAAAUGGCUCCACACGGUCGGUCUGGAAACUUGCAGAUUUAUAUGCUUUAUGUGGAUCCAUUGGCCGCCUGUCGGAAGCACAGAAGAACAGCGAUCAGCUGAGCUUUUCUUCCCCUUUGUUUUAGUUACCGGUGGUGGUCUCCGCGCUUGGAUCUCCACCAAUUAAAACUUUUUUUACAUGUCAAAAGUAUUUUUAAAUGAUGGGUAUCCUUUUAAGAACCAGUUAUCCGAUGUACAAAUGCCUAAAUUGCCAUAAAAUCGGUAACGGUUAAGUCUGGUUUAGGCUUUGUUCACAUCUUCAUCACCGCAUGCUGCGCUAUUUUGUCCAGUGAGGUGAUGGCCUGGUGGAAACCCAACGGAACUCAUCAUAGUCAGAGGGGUUUGUCAGACGCUGUGUGUGCAGCUGAUCUGUGGCUUCCUUCAUUUUCAUUGUUGAGCAGAACAAGGAAAGUAUUAGCAUCAGUGUGAACAUAGCCUUCUUGGUGAGCUUGCAAAUGUCAUGAUUCAAAGCUAAAGUACCUCCAUAGAAAGUCCUAAGAGCUUCUCUAUGGAGGACCCAACACAUCUCUGCCUUACUUAGACAGGCCAUUGCUUUAAUGGACAAGGUGUAAUGUUACGUAUCUCCUGUGAUGGUGCUGCUGGAAAAUUGAACUCUUUUCAGGUUCCUCAGGAUUGCUGAUCACACAGCAGCAGAACAUCCUGCUAUCAGCCCAUCAUAACUGGAUCUUUCUAAAAAAAAAACUGGAUUGUCCAAAGUUGCCACGUCCUGUUUGUGCAAAACAUUGAGCAACCUACAAAUAUUGCUUCCCUUUCCCAAAAAAAUGUGG